AUGGAGCAACAGGAAGAAGGGCAAAGGGAAGGCCAACGGUCGAAACAAGGGCGGGGGACAAAAGCCAAGGGAGUUUUGGUCGGAGGUGGGAAAAAGAGGAGACACUGGAAGAGGCGAGGAAGCCCGCGGGAGGAGCAAAAAGGACGCCACAAAGAAGAAGCACACAGACCAAAGAGAGGAAACACAGACACGGCAAGGCCAAGCAAAACAAACAAGGGGGAAAGAACAAAGGAACACACAGAGGCCAAAGGAGAAGGAGAAACAGCGGAGAGAAAGGACAGCAAAGCAGAGGCCGAAAAGAGGGAGAAACGAACAAAAAGAGGAACGGACGCAGAGGCGAAAACAGAGGCAGAGAACAAAGAGAGAAAACACAGAAAAACACAGAGAAAGCACAGGAGCACAGAGAGAAGAGCAAGAAACACGGGAAAGCAGGGGAGAGCAAAGGGGGCAGGCAAACAAAGGAGGGAAGGACAGAAACAGGAACACAGACGGCAGAAACGAGGAACACAGGAAAACAGGCAAGGGAAACAAAGGAGCAAAGAAAGCACGAAGGCACAGGGAGCAAAGGAAGGGGCAGGGCAGAGGAGCGCACGGGAAAGAACACAGGCAAAGACACAAAGAAAGGCCGAACACAGAGGGCAAGGGGAGCACAGAAAAAGGGCGAAGAAACAGAGGCAGAGAAACACAGAAAACAAGGGAGGCACGGAAAACAAGGGAGGGGAGCACAAGGAGCAAGGGAAAGAGAGAGAGGAAGGCCAGGGAGACGGAGCGCAGGGCGAGCAGGCCCAACGCGGGCCGGAAGGGAGAAAAGCGCGGGGCGCAGAAAGGCGGCGGGAGAAGAGCAGCAACGGGGGGCCGGAGGGAGAGAGGCGAGCGGCAGAGGGGCGGGGCAACGGGAGCCCGGAGGAAAGGAGGGCGAAGGGCGAGAGGGGGGGCGGGAGGGAAGCACCGGAGGGGGAGGGAGAGCGAGGGCACGAGGAGGAGCACAAGAAAGACGAACGGCAGCACAAGGAACGCCGGAAGCCG